GAUCUACAUACUCCAAUGCUUUUGUUGGUUUGCUUUCUAAGAUACCAACAUAUAUGCACCGUGGGACCAAAAAGGGGACUUCUUAAGUCACUGUAUGAAGUAAUUUAGGAAUUUACCAACAACAAACAGCUAAAACUAUCAAAAACGAACCUUUGGUUUUUGAUUUGAGUGUUUCGAAAACAACUUUUAUUAAAAAUGAAAGUUCAAGGAAAACCCAUCACUGAAGCGAAACCCCAUGAAACAGGAAUUGUUCGGAAUGUGAAUUCAGUAAAGGAAUUGACUACGACAUUAGACGACAAGACAAAGACUUUGUAUGAUGUUUUAGCAAAUGCUGUUAAACGAUAUGGAGAUAACGACGCUGUUGGAUAUCGUGAUUUGAUUAAGGAGCAUGUUGAAGAGAAGAUGAUUACGAAGGUUGUAAAUAAUGAAAAGAAAGAGAUCCCCAAAAAGUGGUCGUACUUUGAGCUUUCUGACUACAAGUACCUUAGCUUUAACCAAUUCUAUGAAAAGACCAUGCGACUUGCUGGUGGCUUGCGCAAGUUUGGUUUGAAAGCAGGUGACAAAUUAGAACUGUAUGCUUCUACCACCAGUUGCUGGCUCAUGAUGGCUCAUGCUGCUAUGUCUCAGUCAAUGUCCAUUGUUACAGCCUAUGAGACUUUGGGUGAAGAAGGUCUUUUGCAUUCUUUACGGGAAACUGACGUUCAUGCUAUCUUCACGGAAGCCAAUCUCUUGGGAAGCCUUGUCAAUCCUUUGAAGGAAGUCAACUUGCAUUACAUUAUUUAUCGUGGUAAAGCUAAAUCUGAAGACAUUGAAGCCCUGAAGCAAUCUCGUGCAGACAUUAAGCUAAUUUCCUAUAAUGAGCUCGAGUCUUUUUCGGAACCCGCUACUCCUGAACCCCCUUCUCCUGAUGAUCUUUGUUGCACUAUGUACACUUCUGGUAGUACUGGCCUUCCGAAAGGUGUAUUGUUGACCCACAGAAAUAUGGUAGCUUUAAUAAGUGCUGUUUGCAAGAUCAUUCCUGAAGUUACCUCUAAAGAUUAUCUGUUGGCAUAUCUUCCAUUGGCGCACAUUCUAGAAUUUGCUUUUGAAAACUUAUGUUUGGCUUGGGGUGGUACAAUUGGUUACGCCGGUGUUCGUACCUUGACUGAUACGAACUGCAGAAACUGCCAUGGUGAUAUCCUUUCUUUCCGACCUACUAUUAUGGUUGGUGUCCCUGCCGUUUGGGAAAUGGUCCGUAAGGGUAUAGCCAGCAAGUUGGAUGCUGCUUCCUCUGUCAAAAAAUCUGUUUUCUGGGCUGCUUACCAUACUAAGCUUAGCUUGAUGCGACAUGGUAUACCCGGUAGUUCAUUCUUAGAUGCUGCUGUCUUUAAUAAAAUUCGCACUGCCGGUACCGGAGGUCGCUUGCGAUAUGUAUUGUCAGGUGGUUCAGCCUUGAAUCCUGAUACGAAAAAGUUUUUGAGUGUCGUUCUUUGUCCUGUUUUGAUCGGUUAUGGAUUGACUGAGGUCAGUGCCGCUGCCAUGAUUGAGGUUCCUUCUACCUUCAACGUUGAUGACUCCGCCGGUGUCAUUUUGCCUUGUACAGAACUGAAGCUGAUUGACUGUGAAGAGGGUUCUUACUACGUAAACUCCAACCCUCCUCGUGGUGAGAUUUUGCUUCGUGGACCUUCUUUGACAAAGGGUUAUUUGAACCGUGACCAAGAAAAUAAAGAGAGCUUUAGCAAGGAUGGUUGGUUCAUGACGGGUGAUGUUGGAGAAUUGACGCCUCAUGGAUUACUAAAAAUUAUUGACCGUAAAAAGAACCUUGUGAAGACCCAAAACGGUGAAUACAUCGCCUUAGAGAAGCUGGAAUCUCGAUAUCGUUCUAGUUCUCUUGUUGCCAACAUUUGCGUUUAUGCUGAUCAAUCGAAGGUUAAGCCUAUUGCCGUUAUCGUCCCCAACGAAACCACUGUCCAUAAAUUAGCCGUGGAGAAAGCUGGUGUUGACGAAAACACCUCUUGGGAGGAUAUUUGUAAGAACAAGAAGGUGCGUCAUUUGGUUUUGGAAGAUCUUUUGAAGAUUGGUCGUUCUCAACAUUUUGCGAAUAUUGAACUUGUUCAAAAUGUUGUCCUUGUCCCUAUUGAAUUUACCCCAGAAAAUGGUUUUGUGACAGCUGCUCAAAAGCUUCAGCGUCGUAAAAUUAUAGAAAGCUUUAGCAAAGAUGUUGACGAAGCUUAUGCUGAGUAAACAUUGAUUCUCUAUGAACGAAUGCUAUGAUUUUAGGUUUAAAUGAUUAUUUUCAGGUUGUAAUAAUGCGUGUUAAUGUUUAUAGUGGACUGUUUGUUUGUGCAGGGAUGAAUUUCUGAAGACUUUGGAUUCAUAAAUAUAAAUCGGUUUUUUUUUAUUUUGUUUUGAAGCUACGAAGCUUGUACGAAACCGUUCUUUUUUCUAGUGAAAUAUGAAGCUAGUUCAUAUUGCUUUA